GUGACUUCCCAAGUAUGCCUGGCCACAAUACCUCCAGGAAUUCCUCUUGCGAUCCUAUAGUGACACCCCACUUAAUCAGCCUCUACUUCAUAGUGCUCAUUGGUGGGCUGGUGGGUGUCAUUUCCAUUCUUUUCCUCCUGGUGAAAAUGAACACCCGGUCAGUGACCACCAUGGCGGUCAUUAACUUGGUGGUGGUCCACAGCGUUUUUCUGCUGACAGUGCCAUUUCGCUUGACCUACCUCAUCAAGAAGACUUGGAUGUUUGGGCUGCCCUUCUGCAAAUUUGUGAGUGCCAUGCUGCACAUCCACAUGUACCUAACGUUCCUAUUCUAUGUGGUGAUCCUGGUCACCAGAUACCUCAUCUUCUUCAAGUGCAAAGACAAAGUGGAAUUCUACAGAAAACUGCAUGCUGUGGCGGCCAGUGCUGGCAUGUGGACGCUGGUGAUUGUCAUUGUGGUACCCCUGGUUGUCUCCCGGUAUGGAAUCCAUGAGGAAUACAAUGAGGAGCACUGUUUUAAAUUUCACAAAGAGCUUGCUUACACGUAUGUGAAAGUCAUCAACUAUAUGAUAGUCAUUUUUGUCAUAGCCAUUGCUGUGACUCUGUUGGUCUUCCAGGUCUUCAUCAUUAUGUUGAUGGUGCAGAAGCUACGCCACUCUUUACUAUCCCACCAGGAGUUCUGGGCUCAGCUGAAAAACCUAUUUUUUAUAGGGGUCAUCCUUGUUUGUUUCCUUCCCUACCAGUUCUUUAGGAUCUAUUACUUGAAUGUUGUGACGCAUUCCAAUGCCUGUAACAGCAAGGUUGCAUUUUAUAACGAAAUCUUCUUGAGUGUAACAGCAAUUAGCUGCUAUGAUUUGCUUCUCUUUGUCUUUGGGGGAAGCCAUUGGUUUAAGCAAAAGAUAAUUGACUUAUGGAAUUGUGUUUUGUGCCGUUAGCCACAAACUACAGUAUUCAUAUUUGCUUCCUUUAUAUUGGGAAUAAAAAUGGGUAUAGGGGAGGUAAGAAUGGUAUUUCAUUACUUGAUCAAAACCAUGUCUUGAUCUACCCAAAACAAAAGGACUAUAAAAUGCAAGAGCCCUCAUUGUAGUCCUUAUGGGAUCCCUCCCAUCUCUGAGUGAUGGCCGUACAAAGACCAGUGUUGUUGAAUCCACCUGGAGUUGCAAUAUUACAUUAUUUUCCAGUACAGAAUGUCUGUGUGGCCCAUGAAAGCAACAUAGGUUUUAAGAGUUUUAGAGUUUCAUUAGCUCAUUCUAAGUUCCUCUGUUUGAAGCAUGGUCUGUUAGGUUUUGGACUGAACUCAGCCAUUUAGUUCUUUUCAUCCCACUUCACCUUAGGUAAGUAAAUCCUGGCCACCACCCAGUUCCAAAGACACAAACUCUCCUUCGCUAACCAGGUUAGAUGUCCCAUUCAUCUCAUGCCCUGAUAAAAACUGAUAAGGGGAGAGAAUAGUUAAAAAUUUUUCUAAGGUAUCAUAACUCUGGUAGGAAGUCAUCUGUCUAGAAAUCAAGAGAAAAAGAACGUGUGGCCUCCUGUUAUAACAAGGGUUUCUAGAUUUGUCCUGUGAAAGGUCAUUUAAGGACUUGGGGAUCAAUUUCCUCAAUUAUCACCAGUUGCACUGUUGCUCCAAAAAUCAUUUAAAAGCUUACUGGACAUAUCUACAUAAUGGUGAAACUGUAAUUUAGAGACUAUCCCUGACCAAUGUGCUGGUAGGCAUUAAAAUGAGUUCCCAAGGGAAGUGAUUAAAAUUUUUUUCUCUUCUGUUUUUUGAGAGAAUUUCUAGAUGUCCUGGCCCACAGUUAAUUAAGAUUUUUAGGGGGGACAGAAAGUUAUACUGAAAUCUUUAGAGCUCCCUUCCACCAUUAAAAUUAUAUAUAUAUAUUUAAAUUAUACCUUAAGUUCUGGGGUACAUGUGCAGAAUGUGCAGGUUUGUUACAUAGGUAUACACGUGCCAUGGUGGUCUGCGGCACCUGUCAACCCAUCUACAUUAGGUAUUUCUCCUAAUGCUCUCCCUCCCCUAGCCCCCCACCCCUGGACAGUCCCCGUUGUGUGAUGUUCCCCUCCCUGUGUCCAUGUGUUUUCAUUGUUCAACUCCCACUUAUGAGUGAGAACAUGCGGUGUUUGGUUUUCUGUUCCUGUGUUAGUUUGCUGAGAAUGAUGGUUUCCAGGUUAAAAUUAUAUAUUUUUAAAUAAAUGAAAACUAUGUUUUUAAAAGAGGACUUUUGAGAAGUAUAUAGAAAAACCAUUAAUUUAGACUCUGUGAGAUUAGGUUGCAUGAAGAAGGUUUUCUGAAUAUUUGAAGAGUGGAUAAAUAAAUGUACUGGAAAGCAAUAAAAUUAUAAUCCUUUAAAAUAUAGGAAAAAUAACUAAUGGGAACUAGGCUUAAUAUUUGGGAUGAAAUAAUCUGUACAACAAACUCCCAUGACACAUGUUUACCUAUGUAACAAACCUGCACAUGUACCCCUGAACUUAAAAUAAAAUUUAAAGUAAUAAUAAUAAAAUAAUAUGGAUUUUCUUUUCAAAUUCGGAAUUACUUUUUGUAAAAUUGUAUUAAUAACUUGUGACAUGUGGCAUGUUAAACUGAUUUUAUUUCAAGAACUUCUAUUACUGGCUAGGUUGAUACAUAGGCUUGUGGGGUUUUGCUUUUUGGGUUUUUUUUGCUCCUGCCCAUACUUCCAGUGUCUUCAAUGUUUUAUCUUAAAAUUUUCCCAGGAUCUGAUCCAGUUUCAUAUUUAAUGCUUCAGAAAACCCGAAGUGAUUAGUAACAUGAAUAGAAUAACGGAAUGAAUUAAGGGAACUUUUUUUUUCAUCAAGGUGUAUGUUCGGGAUUUAAAAGUUUUUCAUAAUUUAUUAUCACUCUGUGGAUCCACAAAUUCCUCAGAUGAAUAAGAAAUACCUCUGUGAAUUUCUGUGACCACUGAAAUUACUGAGCCACAGAAAUUAAUUCUGAGGAAGCAGAAGUAGCAACAUAGUUCAAACACGACUUGUUUCCAUAUAUUUUCUGUUUUAUAUAUUCUUUUAAAUAUCCUUUUAAACAAGUAAUAUUUCUUUUCUUUCUUGCCUUUUUUCCCAUUUAUUUUUUACAUUUUUUCUUUCUCAUUUUGAACCAUAAAAUUUGUAAGACAGUUACUAAGACCCCUGAUAGUUUUAAGAAAAUUUAUAAUACCUAUAAAUAUGUAAAAAAAUUUAGAAAAAUAUUUAAAUUAAAAGUAUUCAUGAGAAUUUCAUUACCUUGUAGAUUAUGUCAUACUCUCUUCCAGAUUUUAGAUAUGUUGAGGUCAGGCAAUUCAAAAGAAUUAAUCUCUGUAUUAAUCUGUUAUAAUGUUAACAUAACACUAUGUUAUUUUCAUAUAUUAUAAUAAAGGGCUUAUUAGAAAUGUUCUCAAAAGAUAGAAAUGCAAUAUUUCAUAAUAUAAAAUAUCUUUUUCAUCAGUAUUUAUGGAAUAAAUAGAAAAAUUUUA